UCCACAUGUCUUCUUGAGUUGCACUUCAGUUCUGUUCAGCUGCAGAUGGCAAAUACUUCAUCAAUACAUUCACGAAUGACGUAACUCGUCGUUAGGUGACCAACGCAGAUGGCAGCAUCUCCAGAGAAGUCAGAAAAGGGAUGUAAGAUAUUGAUAAUCGAAGCUUUUUAUGGCGGAUCUCACAAGCAGUUGGUUGAUCUGUUGUUUGACAAACUGACGGGGUGUGUUCGAUACACUUUGCCAGCCAAGAAGUGGCACUGGAGAGCCAGGACGUCUGCCCUCUAUUUCAGUCAAAGGGUGCCACAAUGUGCAGAGUUUCGAGUAUUAUUCACCAGCUCAGUCCUGAAUUUGGCAGAGUUAUCUGCCCUUAGACCUGACCUUGGGCGACUUAGAAAGGUCCUGUACUUCCAUGAGAACCAGCUGGUCUACCCCGUCCGGAAACAGCAGAACAGAGACUUCCAGUAUGGAUAUAAUCAAAUAUUGUCAAGCCUGGUCGCAGACAUUGUCCUAUUCAACUCCACAUACAACAGAGAUUCCUUUCUGGAUAACAUAUCAUCCUUCCUCAAGCUGAUGCCAGACCACAGACCCAAGGGUCUAGCAGAACAGAUCAGACCAAAGUGUCAGGUUCUGUACUUUCCCCUGUCCUUCAUGUGCCCAGGUUAUGGUAAGACACAGAACACAGAUGCCUCAUUGAUGCAGGGAACACCUCACAGUGCUGACCCUCACACAGAAGGAGACUGCCCAUAUGGUGACCCUCACACAGAAACAGACAGCCCAUAUAGUGACCCUCAGACAGAAACAGACAGCCCAUAUAGUGACCCUCAGACAGAAACAGACCGCCCAUAUAGUGACCCUCAGACAGAAACAGACAGCCGUUAUAGUGACCCUCAGACAGAAACAGACCGCCCAUAUAGUGACCCUCAGAUAGAAGGAGACAGCCCAUAUAGUGACCCUCAGACAGAAGUGAAGUGUCCACAUCGUGACCCACACGAAAACCAGCCUUGUUCCAAAACAGGAAAACGAAAUCCAAUUCCACCAAGACAGGGGGGACCUGAUGUGCCAAAUGUUGAACCUGUUUCGGUGAAUGAUGACAUAGGAAUGUGUAAACCUGCACUGGAACUGUGUAGUGACUCACCGCAGAGCAUCCAAGGUAAAACAGGCAGUGAUGUUAGUGAUGCAGCCAAGAUGCAUGGCGACCUGGAGAUACGUGGCGACCUGGGGAUACGUGGCGACCUGGGGAUAAUUGGCGACCAGGAGAUGCAUGAAGCAGUUGAGGCUGGUGAUGGACUGUGUUGUGUGUCACAGAGCUCUUUCAGUGUUAGAGGACAGACACUGCAGAUGAAGAGUCAGCGUGAUGCCGGUGACAGGCCACUUCAUAUUGUGUGGGCACACAGAUGGGAACAUGACAAAGAUCCAGACACAUUCUUCCAAGCACUGUUCCGUCUCCAUGACGAAGGAUAUCGGUUCCAGGUUGCGGUGAUGGGAGAGACGUAUACAGAUGUACCAGAAAUCUUUUCUGAAGCAAAGUUCAAGUUAGGUGAUCACAUCAUCACAUGGGGUUACCAGGGCAACAAGAGGGACUACUACUCCACCCUACAGUCGGCUGAUGUUGCCGUGUCAACCGCCCUGCAUGAGUUCUUUGGUGUUGCUAUGCUGGAGGCUGUACACUGUGGGUGCUAUCCUCUGUGUCCUGACAACUUGGUGUAUCCAGAAAUAUUCCCAGCCCAGUGUCUUUACAGAACCCCAACACAGUUGUACAAGAGACUUCGGGAAUAUUGCCGAAAACCUCACCUUGCCCGAACUCAGAGACCACAGAUUGACCUCAACAGAUUUAGAUGGGAAACACUACAAGAAAAGUUUGAACAAGUUUUGUAUGUUGACUAGAAAAUAAACGUGAAGUGAUA